AUGGCAUCCGUGACACCGGCUUCAGCAGAUCAGGCACCCCCGAGGCCUCUGUCAUUCGCCAAGGUCGCGGCUUCCGCCAUAAAGCCCCAGAUGUCGAAAGAUUCUGCUCCGAAAGCGAGACCGCCUGUUGCGACACCUAGAAUACCUGCCAUCGCCCAGAAGGCGCGCUCUAUCCCCAUGAAUGGCGAAGUAGCAUCAAGAAUAAUCGCGGAAAAGCGAGAGGAUAACGAUGCGAGCAAAAGCGCUGAAAAUGCCAUCUCGCAGCCCGUGCAGCAGACAAGUACCGCCGAGCUAUCGGAGAUACCAUCUACGGAUCCUAAAAGGGAUGCCGUCGAUAGGCCCCAGUCCGCUGCUGUAGUCAAGGUGUCUGUCACCGAGGAUAGCAGCACUCAGCUGUCUUCAUCAGACGGAUCCGGGAAACCUCCCAGUAUUGAUGGAAAGAGCGUAGCUUCUGCGACAACGUUUGCACUAGAUGAGAAGGAGUCUUUGCGCCCAGACGACAGUGCUAGCCUAAGGGCAGUCGAGGAAGAGGAUGUCAUAUCCCCCCCAGACUCAGUCGUUGCGGACUCCCGGCAGGGAUCUGACCAUGGCGCUGCGCGUGCCUUCAGGGACCAGCUACACGAAAUAGCGGUGAUGAAUCCUCAACCUCAUCGAGGAGUACCCCCGGGUCGAUUUCCGACGCUACCCAAUGGCCCGCAAACCUUAUACGACCCUAAUCAGUCGCUGAAUGGCGCAGGGCCCAUGUCGCAGCCCCUAGUUAACGGCAUGCCCUCACUUAAUGGUGUUCCCAACAUGCCCGCCAUUCCAGAUGAGAAGCUGCUCGAGGCGCUGCGCUCUCCGCGUGAUCGUUUGUUCGUAGUCAAGAUCGAACAAGACUUUAUUGAUUUCAUCAAAGAUUCUCGCGAAAAUGAAUUGUGUCUACCGAACUGUAAUACUUUCUACAGGAUGCUUGCUCAUCGUCUUGCCGACUACUACUUGCUUGGCCAUGUUGUCGACACCACUAUGACUGGUGUGAAGAUCACGCGUACACCUUACUGUAGAAUUCCGCCCCCUGUGUCACAGAUGGUUGAUCCUGCCAAGGGCACCAACACACCUCCUGUGGAGCUUCCUGCUCGUAAGAUCAUGCGUCGCGAUGAUGGUAAAUCAGGUACAAACACUGGAGCUAACUCGCAGAAUGCGUCAAAGACGACUUCUGAAAUGGGUGGUAGUGAAGGCAGCAACGAUGGCGAAGGCAACAAAGAUAAAGCCGCUCUAUCCAGAGAAGAGCGCGAGGCACGUUACCGCGAGGCUCGUCAGCGCAUCUUUGGAAGUGCAGAGAGCGAAGAGCCUGACGUGGCUGAAAGCAAUGGAUCCGGAGAAGACAAGAAUAAAGGGAAAGAUAUAUCACGGUCAAGUUCAGCUGCUGGGAAGAAGAAGCCCAAGAAGCAGCGUAACUACGACGACGAUGACUUCCAAGCACGGUCCCGCUUCAAUGUGUACUAUCCGCAACAGUACCCUGUGGCUACAUACACUGGAGAUAACGCUGUCUACUACAACGGCUACCAAGCACCUGCACAGAACGCGCCAUAUGCGACUAUGAAUCCCGGCACUUCUCCUCCAGUUACUUUCAGCAACCCAUAUCCGGGUAUGAUGGCGCCGGAGCCGAUGGCGCCGGAGCCGCAGGCGCAGUACGGUUGGGCUGGUCAGCAGUACCAGGCCUCUAACGGCUCAAUGAUGGCGUACCCCGGUUAUGGACAAGCACCGAAUGGUUAUGACUUGUCGGCGGACUUCCAGCGGGGUAUGUCGUCGUUCCAGAGCGCCGGUAUGCCUUCUCAAGUCACCCCAAAGAUGGCCAACCCGCAAAUGGCGUCUUACCAAGAUACCUACCAGCAACAGCAAAACAUGCCUAUGAACUCUGCCUGGUCUCAAGCAAAUCAACAGCCCCCGUUUCAAAUGGCUCAGGGUGCAUACAAUGCUCAAAAUGGUCCUGGCAACCGCCCUAUGUCCGCACCCCACCAAGCACCCAUGCCUGGCUAUUCAUACGGACAGUUCGCCUCAAAUGCUUACAAUGGAAAGCCAAACCGCAACCAGCAUCCACUUCCGGGAAGCUACAACCGUGGACAGUUCAACCCGCAAACGCAGGCCUUUGUCCCUGGUGGACGUAACAUGCCCUUCGGGAUGCAGCAGAACAUGAUGCAGGGACAGCCUCAGAUGAAUGGGUAUGGCGGAUACCAAAUGUCGGCUCAGACUUCCAUGCCUGCUCAGAUGCCCAGACACAACCCUUCAUCUACCUCCACGCCUUCGUUCGGGUCACCUCAAAGUAUACAGGGCAACAACUCAGCUACGUCCAUGAACCGAAUCGCCUCCCAGUCUGGUGAGCCAGGAUCGUCUCAAAGCAGUAUCGCAAAGUACGGUACACCGUCACACCUGCCUCCAAAGCCUCCAGCUCCUGCACCAGCCCCACCAUUUGCCUUACCGUCCAUGACGCGAGUACCAUCGUCCGGGCUUGCUAACAACGCUCCCACAAUGUCCGUUCGAGGCGGGUCGGGCAACUUCAACAGCAACACGAAUCCCAACUAA